AUGGUAUCAGGUGGUACUAAGCGGUACCAUAUGAAGAUAUCAACAUGUAUCAACAACGUCAUCGUCGUCCAUCUUGAUGACGACGGUAAGGUGUCGGCGCCGGCGCUCGGCGAAGACGUCUCCAAGGAGGAGGCCGCGGCGAUCCUCGCAACGGCAGACACCGACGGCGACGGGCUGCUGGACCACGAUGACUUCCUGGGGCUAGAUGGGCAGCCGGAGGAAGAAGAGAUGGGGAUGAGGUGCCUGAGGUUCGGCGAAGCAAGGAGGAAGUGCAGAGGAGGCACGCGGCAGCAUGGAGGCAUGCGACGCAAAGGAGGCAAGAUGAUAAAGUACUAG